AUGAGCUAUUACCAAAUUACAUUGCUGCUGAUUAUAGCAGCGCUGCUGACGGCUAACGCACAACCCUUUGGCGGAGUGGGCGGUAUUGGCGGCGCAGCAGGCUUGGGCGGAUUCGGCAGCUAUCGCGAGACUGUUAGAGUGCGAGGACGCGGCUUUGGUGCUGGCGGUUUUAAAGGCGGAUUUGCACCCGGCUUGGGCGGAUUUGGAGCUGGCGGUUUCGGCGGCGGCGGCUUUCGUGCACGCUACGAUAAGAGAAUAAGCGGUGGUGGCUUUGGCGCACUCGGCGGCUUGGGCGGUGCUGCGCUGCUGGGUUAA